CUUCCCCAUAACACACUGCAGGGCAGCAAUGUCUGCCUGUUGGCACCAUUAGGGAUACUGCUGAACAACAAACCGAAUUCCAUCUAUCCAAAGGGCUAAGAUGCACCAUGGUGUGAUGGCUGUAGGUCAGUAGUGUCCGUGUCCCUGCUGUAAGCCCGCAGUAAUAGGAAAGCUCACUAAAGCUGGUGCUGCUAAAAGCACUAGGCCGCUGGUUAAUGUGGCUCAGCUGAUGUUGAACUCAUGCUCACCAGCUGAUAAGCUGCAGCCAUUUGAUUUUUCAGGCCUCCUAGGGACAGGGUUACAUAUAUCCUGAUCCAGAGGUGCACAGGGUGUUUCAAAAUCCGUAUCCAUGCCACAUUAGAUCCUCAGAUGAACAGCCCUUCUGAAAGCUGCUUUUGAAGCCAAAGCUUGUCAGAAAAAUCUUUGUGCAGAUGUUGCUGUGCUUGAUUGAAGGUGGUGUAAUGCUGUAUGUCAUAGGUUGGCGAGUGGGCAAUUCGGAAACUGGGCCUUGUGAAAUACGGAGAAAAAUACGCUGGGAAUUACAGUGGAGGGAACAGACGCAAGCUUUCCACAGCCAUUGCCCUCAUUGGAGGGCCACCUGUGGUGUUCCUGGAUGAGCCAACAACAGGGAUGGAUCCCAAAGCACGUCGCUUCUUGUGGAACUGUGCUCUGAGUGUAAUCAAGGAGGGGAGAUCAGUGGUGCUCACAUCUCACAGCAUGGAAGAAUGUGAAGCCCUGUGCACUCGAAUGGCAAUAAUGGUCAAUGGGCGAUUCAGGUGUCUGGGCAGUGUCCAGCACCUAAAAAACAGGUUUGGAGAUGGUUACACCAUAGUGGUGAGAAUUGCAGGGGCAAACCCAGAUCUGAAACCUGUUGAGGAGUUCUUUGGGCAUGCCUUCCCUGGAAGUGUCCUAAAGGAAAAACAUCGGAAUAUGCUGCAGUACCAACUUCCCUCUUCACCAUCCUCCCUGGCCAAAAUAUUCAGUAUUCUGUCCCAGAACAAGAAGAGACUCCACAUAGAAGACUACUCCGUUUCUCAGACCACACUUGACCAAGUUUUUGUAAAUUUUGCUAAGGACCAAAGUGAUGACGACCAUACUAAGGACCUGUCAUUGCACAAAAACCAGACUGUGGUAGACAUUGCAAUCCUUAACUCCUUUCUGCAAGAUGAGAAGAUAUGCGAGUUGCUGAUUGACCCUCCUUGCUAAAAACACCCUAUACACUCGUUUGAUUUUGAACAGCAGUUUACGAAUGAAAGCAGAAUAACAGUGUGAUUGCUCAAGGAUAAACUGAUAUUAAAAUGUUGUCUGCUACUGCCUACAGUAUCGCUAUCAACCAAGUUCCAGUAUUUAACCAAUUCCUGAAGUUACACUCAUCAGGAAAAUUCAUCCUGAUAUAAGAAGUGAAUUAAAAUUUCACAGAAUCACAGAAUAUGCUGAGUAGGAAGAGACCCUACAGGAUCAACAGGUCCCAUUCCCAGUCCUGCACAACAUCAUCCCCAAGAAUGACACCAUAUGCCUUAAGAGCAUUGUCCAAACACUUGAUCUCUGUCAGGCUUAGUGCUGUGUUACAGUGCCUAGCCACCCUCUGGGGGAAGAAUCUUUUUCUAAUACCCAGCCUAAACCUCCUCUGACACAAAUUCAGGCCAUUCCCUGAGGUCCUGUCACUGGGUAACAGAGAGACAAGGUCAGUGUCUGUCCCUCCUCUUCCCCUCAGGAGGAAGUUGUAAUUGCAGUGGGGUCUCCCCUCAAUCUCCUCCAGGCUGAACAAACCCAGGGACCUCAGAUGCUCCUCAUUCAGCUUCCCCUCAAGGUCCUUCACCAUCUUUGUUGACCCUCUCUAGUGGCUUAAUAUCUUUUUUACGUUGUAAUGAUGCCUUAGGAUUUUAGCUAUUUUAUGUUUCAUAUAUUUGUAAUCCUGCAAUUCUUUAGUGUAUAAACUCCAUAUAGAGUGUUGGCUACUGUUUUCCCAUUUUGGUCAGCCAAAACAAUUCCUCUCCAGGUCUAGGAAUCAAGGACACCUUACUUUCUUAGGCCCUAAGAAAUGUAAACAAAAGUGAGUUGAGGGGAGCAACUUGCACCAAGUUUUUGGUGCAAAUGACUUCAUUACCUACAGCUGUACUUGGAAGAUUAACCCCCAGUCUGCAAAUGGACCAAACUUACAAAAGUAUGAAAAGCCAUGACACAUUGUCCAUUUUUGGGUGUAGCUCCUGGGGAUGGGGGGAGCAGCUUCAUCUGCCUGAAAUGUAUCUUGAAGGCCAUUCAAUAAACAUAACUGC